UUAGUUCCAGACAAAAAUAGUAUCUAGCCUGGGCUCGAAACCUUCGGGUAGCGGUAGGUUUCGCUCCCUUCCCCUCCGUCGACGGCGCCGCCACCACCACCACUUUCUCAAGCCACCCCGGCGGGUCGCUCUCCCCCGUGACCCAUGGGAUCAACUCGCGUCAGAUCUACAUUUCCACCCCACGGCGGGAUGGCGGCGGAGCGGCUAACCGACGACAUCCUGGUGGAGAUCCUCUCGCGCGUGCCCGCCAAGUCGCUCUGCCGCUUCAAGUGCGUCUCCAAGCACUGGCUGGGCCUCACAACAGAUCCCCACCACCGCAAGAAGCUCCCAACCCUCGCCGGCUUCUUCUACAGCAGCACCGUCAAGGACUCCCUCCCGGAAUCAGCUCUCCGCUUCACCAACAUCCCCGGGAGCGGCUGCCCUAUGAUCGACGCCUCCUUCGCCUUCGUGCCCAACCACUGGCGCCUUGAGCUAUUGGACUGCUCCAACGGCCUCGUCCUCUGCCGCUGGUACGCCGUCUCCGCCCAGGGCGACGAGUUCCGUUACGUCGUCUGCAACCCCGCCAUGGAGCAGUGGGCCGUGUUGCCGGACUCCGGCCAGACCGACAAGCUGAGCACAUCUCUUUACGCUGACGUGAGCACCGUGCGGUUGGGCUUCGACCCGGCCGUGUCGUCGCAUUUCCAUGUGUUUGAGUUGUCGGAGGAGGAUCACUGGGACCCUGACCUCACAGGAGUGGCAGUGUAUUCGUCUGAAACUGGAAGAUGGGUUCAUAAGGAGAAGAGAUGGCAUGAAAAAAUCAGGCUCCUUUGUCAUCCAUUGCCGUCAGCAACUGUCUUUCUUAAUGAUAAUCUGCAUUUUCAAGCCGAUGGCCGUUGCUUAGCCCAUCGUGUAGCUGCGGUGGACACGGAGGGGGAAACAUGGACCAACUUUGCCGUCCCUGCUGGUCUGGUUGAUGGCUUUAUUCAGAGGCCACAGGGCCGCUUGCAUUAUGCCAAUUUUCAGUGGGGUGAAGAUGGUGUUGCUGUUCGACUAGUAGUGUGUGUUCUCGAGGACUAUGACAGCAAAGAAUGGAUAUUGAAGCACAGCUUUGACAUGUCAUACAUACUCGAAGGCAUUGAUGUUCGCCUUGAUCUGGACUUUGAUUGGGUUGCUAUUCAUCCAGAAUGUAACUUGAUCUUCUUCACUCUGGGGUGGGAUGUCAGACUCAUGUGCUAUAACAUGGAUUGCCGGCAAGUCAAAGUGAUCUGCAAAUGUGAAGAUGGCCAGCCGCCAUAUCUGCCAUACGUGCCGUUGUAUGCAGAGUUACCAUCACUGCAUGCAUGACAUCAGUAAAAGACUGUUGGUCCCAUUAUAUGUGGAUCUUAUAUGGUAGGAGUCAAUUGUUCGCUACUAUGGAACGGCGGACUUGGUAUGUCUUCUUCAAUUUGGCUCUUGUUUUCUCUAACUAGAGUGUUGUUGUCUGCAUGUUUUCAAGUUUGGGAGCAAUGGUAGUUCAGUAUGGAGUCAACUUGGCUGAUUUCUCUACGAGUAGUUGCAUGUAUAUUUUUUUUAGUGUACGUUAUGUUGUUUUGGGCCUACUAAUGGUUCCUCCGCGUGUUCAGUUAGCUUCACAGAGUGCUAGAGCGAAAGCACUAUGAUCAUUUGGUAAAAGGCCCGAUCAAUGAUUGUAACGUAGCUUAAACUCA